AUGCGGUGUGUGCUAAUUAGGCAACGUCAAUAUCAAGCACUUCGCUCUGGUAUGCGUGGUGCAAGGUUGAGAGUCGCGCAUACUGAAACUUUGCCUUGCACUGAUAUUGUACUAGAGCUAUUGAGCUGUCCCUUCUCGGAUCAGAUCCUGACACAAGACGGAAACAAAAAAAGAGCGACAUAUGCGCGAGGGGAGAAUCGCAACAGCUAUAUAAUGGACCAUGCCACGACCGCAGACGGCAACCCCACCGCCACACCAAGUCAACUACUCGACAAGAUGAUUCCACCCAAAGACCAACCUACCAUCGACUCUACGGUCUAUGAAGAUGGAGGAGGAGACGUGUGGGACACCAUCAUCAAGGAAACAGAGAGGAAAUCACAAGAUAUUGACCAGGAACAAAUUCCUGACCUCGUCUACGACACGCCAAUCGCUUCAAGUGGCUCCUCAGGCAGAUUCAAGAUCCACAGAGAAUCACUGCGCCCAGAUCACGUGCCUGAUUACUUUCCUACAGACAAUCCUCUGGACUGGAUUGCGUUGUCAGCAAUGUUACUCGGAAUUGUCAUGGGCUCCUGUUUCCUAGCUGCCUUCUACGUCGACUUCUACCAACUGCCCUUCUACCUGGGUUCUCUGGCUCUCUUCCACUUUCUGGAAUACUACAUCACAGCGCGCUACAACACCCCCAAGGUAUCCUAUGAGAGCUACCUGUUUCGAAAUGGAGCAGCCUACCACAUUGCGCAUGUUGUUUCGCUCGCAGAGUCGCUGAUCGAGUACUACUUCUUCCCCAACCUACAGAACCGAAGCGAUGUGCGUAUCAUCAGCGCCUGCGGAAUCGUGGUAAUGAUCAUUGGGCAGCUGGCUCGCUCGCUAGCAAUGAUCCACGGAGCCACAAACUUCUCCCACAGAAUCGUCCAGAGAAAGACCCAGGAGCAUACACUUGUAACCACAGGUAUCUACUCUCUGCUGCGUCACCCGUCCUACUUUGGCUUCUUCUACUGGGCCUUGGGCACUCAGAUGCUGCUGUUCAACUCUGUGGGCUUUGCGGCCUUCUUUGUAGUUCUCUGGGCCUUUUUCCGGGAACGAAUCGACUUUGAAGAGCAGUUUCUCGUCUCCUUCUUUGGCCAGGAGUAUGAGGACUACAGAAACAAGGUGGGUACAGGUUUGAUUGGCAUUUGA